CACUUCGUUCUUUGUUCUUCAUUCUCUUUGUUAUCAACUCAUGGCUGCCUCAUUCCGCCUUCUCUUGCUGCUUGCAAUGGCACUUGUAAUUGUGGGGCUCUCUAACGCAGCAAAAGUAUGCACGCCUUUCAAACUUGGUAAGAAGGAUUGCUGCCUCAGUAUUGCUACCCCAUUUGGCGGUGCAACCUGUGUGGAGGAGUGCAAUCCCGACAAGAAGUACUACUGUUGCCUCCGUAAUCAAUUGGGUGGUUGUAACUAUUGUUGCGAGCAAGGGACUUACUGUUGCAAAGUCGGCUUCAUCAGGUGUAAUAAGACUUGCCGAUACAACGCCAACAUUGCUCUCCCAACAGACGACGAAAUUGGUUUUCCAAUCACCAUAGAUGACAACAUGGAAUCAGAAAAUGGCGUGUGAACACAAGGUCAUGGUGGUGUUCCUCGAAUAAGAUCUGGUGGCAUGGAUCCCAGACAAGUGGUGUGUAGUGACAUAAAUCCAGAUUCGUAUAGUGGAAUCUGUAAAUGCAGUAUCUAUGUUUUCAUCGUGGAUGCGCUCCAUAUACACUCUUACAAUACAUGGCAUACAGCCAUCAUACCAAGCAAUAGCAAUCCCCCAAGAAUGUGCUCACAUUAA